GAUUAACCACAUUUUUUAAACAAUCUUUAACCUAAAAUGUCUAGAUUAUUUAAAAUAUUUUCACCUUCUCUACAGAUAACAAGAAAUUUGGGAAGACGAAAAUAUGUAUGGUCCAAUGAAGGCAUCCAAUAUCCAUGUUUCAAAUACUAUCCAAAGACACCUGAUUUUAAAGACCCACCUUAUGAACCGACUAAAUUAUUCAGAGUUGAAAGGAUAAAACCAUUAAAAGGAUUACCUUAUUGGGAGAAAAAUAUUUUGAAAGAAUUUAAACUGGAUGGCAAAAUGAGAUCACCUGUAGUUAUUAAAAACAUACCGGAAAAUAAUGGACGAUUAUGGAAGGUUAAACAUUUAAUUAAAAUCCAGCCUAUCACAUUUCCUGAUGGUUUUCCAAAGGACACAAGAGGUACAUAUUUAAAGGAAAAUGGAGAAUUAACAGUGCUGAAAGAUCUAUCAUCAUCUGUAGAAAAGAUACAACUUGCAGAUGAUUAUAAAUCCUCAAAGAAAAGAUUAGAUGGGGAUACAUUGAGAAGGAAUUCAAGAUUGAAGUGGUUAACAGGAUGGGAGUCUUAGGUGAUUGAGUAUAAUAAGCAAUAAAAUGUAUAUAAAAAAGAA